GGGCAGCAUGGUUCACUCCAGCAUGGGGGCUCCAGAAAUAAGAAUGUCUAAGCCCCUGGAGGCCGAGAAGCAAGGUCUGGACUCCCUGUCAGAGCACACAGACACUGAAAGAAAUGGACCAGACACUAACCAUCAGAACCCCCAAAAUAAGACCUCGCCGUUCUCCGUGUCCCCGACUGGCCCCAGCACCAAGAUCAAGGCUGAAGACCCCAGUGGUGACUCAACCCCAGCAGCACCCCCGGCCCCCCAGCCGGCUCAGCCGCAUCUGCCCCAGACCCAACUCAUGUUGACGGGCAGCCAGCUGGCCGGGGACAUACAGCAGCUUCUCCAGCUCCAGCAGCUGGUGCUUGUACCGGGUCACCAUCUCCAGCCACCUGCUCAGUUCCUGCUGCCGCAGGCCCAGCAGAGUCAGCCAGGCCUGCUACCGACGCCAAAUCUAUUCCAGCUACCUCAGCAAUCCCAGGGAGCUAUUCUGACCUCCCAGCCCCGGGCCGGGCUGCCCACACAGGGAGAUGUGGGCCUCGCUAUGGGCAAGCUGUACGGCAACGACUUCAGCCAGACGACCAUCUCGCGCUUCGAGGCCCUCAACCUGAGCUUCAAGAACAUGUGCAAACUCAAGCCCCUCCUGGAGAAGUGGCUCAAUGACGCAGAGACUAUGUCUGUGGACUCAAGCAUGCCCAGCCCCAACCAGCUGAGCAGCCCCAGCCUGGGUUUCGACGGCCUCCCUGGCCGGAGACGCAAGAAGAGGACCAGCAUCGAGACCAACGUCCGCUUCGCCUUAGAGAAGAGUUUUCUAGCGAACCAGAAGCCUACCUCAGAGGAGAUCCUGCUGAUCGCCGAGCAGCUGCACAUGGAGAAAGAAGUCAUCCGCGUCUGGUUCUGCAACCGGCGCCAGAAGGAGAAACGCAUCAACCCCUGCAGCGCAGCCCCCAUGCUGCCCAGCCCGGGCAAGCCAGCCAGCUACAGCCCCCAUCUGGUCACAUCCCAAGGGGGCGCCGGGACCUUGCCGUUGUCCCAAGCUUCGAGCAGUCUGAGCACAACAGUUACUACCUUAUCCUCAGCUGUGGGGACGCUCCACCCCAGCCGGACAGCCGGAGGAGGUGGUGGCGGGGGUGGGGCUGUGCCCCCCCUCAAUUCCAUUCCCUCUGUCACUCCCCCGCCACCCCCGGCCACCACCAACAGCACAAAUCCCAGCCCUCAAGGCAGCCACUCGGCUAUCGGCUUGUCGGGCCUGAACCCCAGCACGGGCCCUGGCCUCUGGUGGAACCCUGCCCCUUACCAGCCUUGAUGGCAGCGGGAACCUGGUGCUGGGGGCGGCCGGCGCGGCUCCGGGGAGCCCCGGCCUGGUGACCUCGCCGCUCUUCUUG